AUGGUCCUCAUUCGAGAGGGCUACCAGGUCCGCAUUGCAGCUAGCCGGACCAACUGGAAAUUUUCAUGGGACCAAACUGCAUCUCAAGUGAGCUGUUCCUUGCGGCCUUCUUUGCAGAAGGAGGCUCCUGAUGGUGUAGAUGCAGCAAUAGACAUGGACCGGCUGCGUUCUCGUAUUGACAGGGAUGUCUCUGUGACAAUCGCUAGUAGUCAAGAUCAGUUACCAGCGGAGACAUUCCUCAAUUGGUUAUCAGUCACCAUGGAUAUUCGCGGACUGAACUACCCAGUCACUGUUGCCACCACCGACUACGGCGACGUGAUUCUAGACAGGGAGAUGAAUAGAAAAGAUUUUCUUCCAAGGGCUUCUUGUAUCAUCCGUGGUAUCACUCUUUAA